CUAGAUUAUAAACAAAAGUAAGGAGUAAUUACUGUGUGUUUGAUUUGACGCCUCACCUUUAAUUGUACAAAAAAAAAAAAAAAAAUGACCAACGCAAUACGAUUCAAACUAAGUAACUUGUCGUUCGCAUCGCAUUGUUUUUUGGCAUUUGUGAUACGAUUAAUUCUGAUAUUGUACGCUAAUCUUCACGACAAAUAUUUCGCCGUUCCGUACACGGAUGUGGACUACAAAGUGUUCACGGAUGCUGCCAGACACGUGGUUGAAGGACGAUCACCGUUCGAGCGUCAUACAUACCGUUAUUCACCGUUUCUUGCUUGGCUCCUGACACCUAAUGUCGUGUUACACAAGGACUUCGGAAAGGUGUUGUUUUCCGGAAUAGAUGUUCUAAUAGCAUUGCUAAUUAGAAAUAUCCUUACGCGACAGAAGUGUAACGAGACUGUUAAAUAUUUCUGUGCGCUUCUAUGGCUUUAUAAUCCAUUAACGUUGAUAAUUACAACUAGAGGUAACGCGGACUCGUUAGCGGUAUUCUUGGUCACAUUCACGUUGGACUUGUUGCAAAGAGAUGAAGUUGUAUUGUGCGGAUUAAUGCACGGAUUAUCUAUACAUUUUAGAUUGUAUCCGCUGAUGUUUAGUCUACCCAUGUUCUUGUCUCUGUGUGAAAAUAAUCGAUUUCUACCGAAUAAAAACCAGUGGAAACUCGUAUUGAGUUGCACACUUUCGAUUGUUAUACUGACAACAACUGGUUAUUAUCUGUACGGUUUCACAUUUUUGUACGAGAGCGUUUUGUAUCAUUUGGUGCGUCAGGAUACGAGGCACAAUUUUUCUGUAUAUUUUUACAUGCUUUAUCUGUCAGCUGAUCAAUCUCAAAAUGUAAUUCAGAAGAUUCUCAUGUUUCUGCCGCGAGUGUUUCUACUGUUACUUACCUCGUAUUUUUACUCGGAAAAGUCCAAGUUACCGUUCGCCAUGUUCGUCCAAACGAUGAUCGCCGUCAUGUACAAUUCGGUGAUAACGUCCCAGUAUUUCUUCUGGUUUUUGUCACUGUUACCUCUGUGUUUGCCGAACUUGAAAACAAGUUUACGUAGAUGCGUGUGUUUAACGUGUUCUUGGAUUUUGAGUCAAGGUAUUUGGUUGUUAACUGCUUACGUGCUAGAAUUCCAAGGUAUCAAUUCGUUUACUUGUCUGUGGUUAUCUGGUCUUUUAUUGUUUGCUGUUAACGUGAACAUCUUAGUAAAUAUCAUUUAUAUGUUUCGAGAUUAGAUAUUGGCAAUGCUAAUCUUUAAUUGUUAGUUAAUGCGCGUCAUUGUUGUUUAACGUCUUAGUAAACAUCUUAGUAAACAAUCAUUUGCAUGUUUUGAAAUUAGAUAUAUUGGCAAAGAAAAAUUCAAUUAAGCAAUUUAUUAACUUUUAUGAUUAAGCAUUUAAUUUUUAACAAACUGUUAUUUUAUA